AUUUGACAAGUAUUUAACCAUUUUUAUUUAUUUGUCAACAUUUUUUCUUUAUUAAUAUAAAAAUGGCUGCAGAUAAUUCAGAUAGUGGUUCAGAUUCAAGUUCAAGUAGCAGAAGCCCAUCGCCAUCGCCGAAAACAGCUCGCACACCAGGAAGAAUCGACGACACGCAAGCUCCAGGGUCACCAGACAGUCAUAAGUCUGGAAGUGGUAGUGAUCGUUCACGUUCCAAUACACCACAAAGCAGAAAGUCUCGUUCUGGGACACCGCAAAGCAAAAAAUCACGUUCCGGUACACCAAACAGUCGUCGGUCCGGAUCUAGAGAAAGUCGUCAUUCAAAUAGUUCCAAUGGUUCGGAUAGUCCACCAGGAUCUCCACAUACACCCCAAUCCGAUGGCAAUCGUAGCCGUCGUUCGCCCAGUCGUCAUAGCAGACGUUCGGUGCGUGCCAACGCCGAGGAAGACAGCCGGUCGCAAUCACCUAACCUAGAAAUCGAUGAUAGGCGACGAUCAACAUCGCGUUCUCGUUCCAGGUCUAAAUCUCGCAGCCGUAGUCACACACCGGAAGUUAGGACAUCUCGUUCUCGAUCACAUUCGCCAUCGGGUUCACCCAAAGCGAGAUCUAGGUCUAAAACUCCAGAGACGAAAAAAUCGAAGUCUCGUAGUCGUUCAGCAUCGAAAUCGAAAUCGAGGUCUAGGUCUAGGUCAGGUACUCCACAUUCAAGAAAGAGUCGCAGUGGUUCAGAGUCGGGAAGUGAUGUUGGUGAGAAAGAAUCGGCAAAGAAACGAAAAGUCGUUUCCAGUGACUCGGACGAUGAUGAUGUUAAAAAAGAUGCUCCGACAAAAAUUAAAAAGGCUAAAAUAAUUGACACCGAUAGUGAAGAUGAGCCGCAAACUCAGCCUACUGCUGGAGAUGUAAACGAGCUUUUUGGUGAUGCCGAUGACAUUAGUGUUUCCGAUGAGGAUGAACAAAAAUCAGACGCCGAGGGGAACGAAAAUGAGCCUAGAAAAAGUCGUUCUCGAUCCAAAUCCCAAACGAGAUCUCGUUCUAGUUCCGCCCACUCGGCUGCUAGAUCGCGUUCACGUUCAAGAUCUAGAUCUCGAUCUCGUGACGCUAGAAGCAAAUCAAAAGAACCAGAAAAGGAAGAUGAACCUGAACCAAUACCUGAAACUCGAAUCGAUGUUGAAAUUCCCAGAAUUGUUACCGACCUUGGCAAAGAAAUUCAUUUUAUCAAAUUGCCAAAUUUCUUGUCUGUUGACACACGUCCUUUUGAUCCAGAGACAUACGAAGAUGAAAUUGACGAAGAAGAAACAAUGGACGAAGAAGGUCGACAAAGAAUCAAGUUGAAGGUGAGCAAUACCAUUCGCUGGCGAGAGUACAUGGAUAACCAUGGGGAAAUGAAGAGAGAAUCCAAUGCACGUUUUGUUCGGUGGUCAGAUGGAAGUAUGACGUUGCAUCUAGGUAAUGAAACCUUCGAUGUAUACAAACAGCCAUUGCACGGGGAUCACAAUCACAUGUUUAUUCGUCAAGGUACUGGUCUGCAGGGUCAAGCUGUUUUCCGUACCAAACUGACAUUCAGACCGCACUCAACUGAAUCGUUUACUCACAAGAAGAUGACAAUGUCUUUGGCUGAUCGUUCUACCAAAACAAGUGGUAUUAAAAUUCUUACACAAGUUGGUAAGGAUCCGACAACAGAUCGACUGUAUAAUUUGAAAAAGGAGGAAGAGAAACUUCGUCAAGCUAUGCGCAAUCAAAAUAAACCGAAACCCAAGAAAGCUGGACGUGCAGGUGCUGCCGGUCACGAUACGCAUGGAGGAGCAAAUACCUCCUACCACCAAGACGAAGGAAGUGACGAUGAAAAUGCUAUCUCACUUAGUGCGAUUAAAAAUAAAUACAAGAAAGGAUCAGCAGCUGCAACAGCAGACACUAACAAGGGCUCAGCCAUUUACUCGUCGGAUGAAGAUGAGGGAUCUGAUUUUGAGGGAAGACGGAAUAAGAAGAUCGAUAAAAAUAAAGUGUCGAAGGCUCUGCGAGAUUCAGAUGAUGAUUCUGAACAUUCCGAGGCUGAAGAAAGUAUUAAAAAAAAAGGCGAUGAUGGCGACGAUGCAGAUGAUGGCAGCCAUCAUAGUGCAACAGGUGGCAGUGAUGCUAGUGACGAUGAUUGAAUUAUUCUGACAUUAUGUUUCU